AGUCAACUAACGAACGCUGCUCACUCACCACUCACCACUUGUUAUUCACAUUUCACUUCACUUGUAAUUCAUAAUGUUCCCAGAGGGCUAGACUCCAGAAGAUUUAGUAGGCGUCGUUCAUCACGUAAACAUGCAGAACAAUCAGGUCGGUACCGGACCUCUUGAGGACCGCCUCCGCAACCUCAUCCUCGCCGGUUCCGACUCCAAGCCUGCCCCGCUUCCGGCUUCCUCGAGCAAGGCCACUUUUACGGGUACCCAUGCUCUGCCUUCCGAACACUCAGACCAGCCCAAAGACGAAGUCGUCGGCGAUGGCCACGGACACUCGCGUCCGCCGCCAAGAGGUGGCAGGAAGCGUCUCAACCAGGCCCAGCGCCGUCAGAUGAAUGCCGAGCUGACAAUUCCCAUUGAUACCCGACCACCUUUCCAUGCUUCUUCGAGGCCUUCCCACUAUGCACAACAACAGACUGCCUCUCCCUCCCGUAAUACAACAGCAUAUCCAGCCAAUUUUCGAGGCCAGUCUUCAUUGUCCGAUGCCAGCCAGUUCAAUCGACAAUCACGGUACGGUCACCCGCAAUUUCCUACGUCGUCUGCUCACCAGCCCGAUUGGAGGCGGCAGCAACAUGAUGGCUUGCCUAGAGGUGUGAAUAUCAUGACCGAACCCCCAUUUACAUCUCAAAGCGGUCGCAAUCCAAUUCACAGUCAGCCUGCCUCGUACAACCCGGGAAGUUCUCGGCUGCCAGUUUUUAGUCCUGAUCAGCUUGCAAGCCAAUCUCUAUAUCUCGACCAGCUCUCUUUACGCAUUAUAGAGGGUGCUGAGAUUGGACCGGACGAAAUCUCCGAGAAGGAAAACUUUCGACUAUAUGUGGAAUCCAUCUGUCGACAUGUGAUUACUUGCCACGAGCACGAGGUCAACCUUGCCCAUGAGUUCCAGCCAAGAUCUGUAGAGUUGAAGUGCUUCGGGAGUCUGGCUUCGGGUUUUGCCACAAAAGCUGCUGACAUGGACCUUGGCCUUGUGUCUCCUACGUCACGGCUGUCGCCCGGCUCACCCGAAUCGCCCAUACCUCGUCUCAUUGAAGGCGCCCUCCUUGCUGCUGGUUUUGGCGCUCGGCUGCUCACUAAGACACGCGUUCCAAUUAUCAAACUUUGCGAAAAGCCUAGCAUAGCUCUUCGACGGGGUUUACUGGACGCAAGGAAGAAAUGGGAGGAGGGUGCUGAUCAGGAGGAGAGGGAGCUAGAUGAUGACGACCCUGAAGAUACGGACCUUCUCCAAGAUACCAAUCUCCCCUUUGAUUCUAACCUAACCCAACCUUACGCAGAAGAAUCAACAUCAAAGACUUCAUCGGAUCAAACACCUCUCUCGCUGCACGAAGAGGGGGUUAUGCUCAAACAAUCCUUGAACCAGACACUGACUAGCUAUUAUGGUAAGGCCAAACGACUCUUACGCCGUUUGAAUAGCCGUGACAUCUCUCAGUCCAAUUGCCAUGAUUUCACCGAAGCCGAUUUCGUCCUUCUUGACAAGGUGGCUAGCGCCUUCGUUAAAGGGCUGCAUGACGCAGAAUUGAGAAGCCGGAUAUUAGCAUAUCCUUCAUUUAAUGUUGGUGACACUGGACUGACAAAUUAUCGUUCGCUCUUCGGUGUCAAUGUCAUGAUUGAGUGUGAACAACUCAUUCUUUCAUGGGAAGCGAAGCAACUUACCUCAGCUAGCCCUCGCUCGGAUCAAGCAUGCGAAAGCAUAAUUCAGCAAUGGAGAGCUUUACAUCAUAUUAAGAAUUUCGGUAACAACCCUGUAUGGUUCAAUAAAGAACUACAGCUAUUUGCGGAAACUAUUCGCCAGAAUCCUUCCAUACAAAUGAUGCAGCUCCACCAAGACCAGCACGAGUCCCCGAUGCAAUAUCAGGCGCGAACAAACAAAAUUGCUAUCGCACUACCACAAAUUUUACUUCCUAGUAUGAUUAGCCAGACGAUCCAGCGCUAUGUCGACGGAAUUAGAGAUGAGGAGAUCAGAAAUGAGGUUCGCAACUUCUUGAUAUCAACUAAAACGGAAAAUCUUAGGACAGUCGCUAGAAGGCACAAGGCACUCCAUCUCGCCGCCGACUAUGAAAGGGCAAUUGAGAAAGGGCUCUAUACACUUGAUGAUAUCCCGACCCUCCAAAGCUAUAUAACCAUUCUCCGUCGCCAACCUGUACCCUCAAUGAAGCAACCUCGUGAGCUUGAGUGUCUAAUCCCACUCACAGAGAGUGAAAAGUCUAUACUUUACAAGAUCAGGGAGUUAGCGGAUCCAGCGACACUCGGCCCCAACAAACCUAGAGACAAAUACAAUGACAGCUUAGAGUUCCCUAAAAGCGGUGUCGGCGUCCAGUGCGAUAUCAACUUCUCGGCUCAUCUAGCUCUCCAAAACACCUUGCUUCUGCGAUGCUAUUCCUGUACCGAUCGUCGCGUCAGGCCUCUGGUGCUUUUCGUCAAGCACUGGGCCAAAGCACGAGGAAUUAACACACCGUAUCGCGGAACCCUAAGCAGCUACGGCUACGUGUUAAUGGUUCUGCAUUAUCUUGUCAAUGUCGUCGAGCCCUUCGUCUGUCCCAACCUGCAAGAACUCGCCCCUCCCGACCCCCCAAAUCUCCCACCGCACGCUCUCGAAGGCAUAUCGACGUGCCAAGGUCGCAACAUCCGCUUCUGGAGGGACGAGCGAGCAAUUCAAAGUCUGGCACAGCAAGGACAGUUGAAUCAGAACCACGACUCUCUCGGCACUCUGCUACAAGGGUUCUUCGAGUACUAUGCCCAAGGAAACACAAUGUCCACAACUAACAAGAAGGGGUUCAACUGGGGUAGAGAUGUAAUAAGCCUUCGCACACACGGUGGUUUGUUGACGAAGGUAGAGAAAUCAUGGACUGGGGCCAAGACCGUCGUUCAACCACAAACUGGUGCGUCGCCUACGCAUCCUGAGCUCGGCAAUCAAUCCCCGUCGUUACAUCAGCCGAUAUCCCCUGAUAAAGGAGCAAUGACUACCGAACAACUCCAGCAAACGCCCAAGCCAAAAAAGGUCAAAGAAGUCCGACACCGCUUCCUAUUCGCUAUCGAAGACCCCUUCGAACUCGACCAUAAUGUCGCGCGCACCGUGACGCAUAAUGGUAUUGUGUCUAUCCGCGACGAGUUCCGACGCGCGUGGAGGAUUAUCAAGACUGCUGGGAAUGGAAAGGUGAACGAGGAUUUGUUGGAAGAUGUCAAGGUGCAGAAAGCCGAUCUCGAGAAGAAGCAGUUUAUGGCGCUGUUGGACGAGAUUCAUGGGGAUGAGGUGUUUGAAUUGUAAUGGGGUUCAUUAAGCAAGAGGGUUCAGUGAUGUAAUGGGGAGUAAAGGGGCUAUGGGUGGGUCAGGGGAUCUAGUAAUGAAUCGAUGAGUGAAUGUGGUUCGGCGAUGACUGGGGCGUUGUCUUGGUGCUGUAGUCUGUCUGUCUGUUUGCCUAGGUAAGUUAGGAGAUAGGUAUGAUAUCCCUACGGUAAUAGCUGUAUGUAGCUUUGUUCCCGUGCAUCGGAUACUUACCCAGCGAAAAG